AUGCUUCAGCUCGGUCGAUUGGAAUGGCUAUUUCAGCAUUUACCGUUUUCAGCUGCAAAUCUGAAAAAUCCAGCUUUCUUCUCCGAUAGUCUUCUGCAGUGGGGCUGCAAUGCUCCAGCUUGGUCAAUUGGAAUGGUUUUUUCAGGGGCUGCAGUGGCUGACUCCAUUGACCACCAUCACUAUCAUGAUGAUGACUCUUCAAAACCCUUAUCUUUCGCUUUCGCUUCUCACCAUAACUCAGGCCGUGAGAAUAUAAAGAUAACUGGUGGAGUGAUUGAUGAGGAAGCUUUAGUGAAGGCACUUGAUUUAGGCAUUGUAGCCCAGGCAGCACUUGAUGUUUUCAUAGUGGAGCCUCCACCAAAGGACAACAAAUUGGUGCAACAUGUGAAUGUAACUGCAACUCCUCAUUUUGGUGCUAGUACUACAGAAGCUCAGGAAGGAGUGGCCAUUGAAAUAGCUGAAGCUGUUGUUGGAGCCUUGAAGGGGGAGCUUGCUGCUACUGCUCUCAGUGCACCAAUGGUUCCGUCGGAGUCCAUCCAGUUACAAACCUCAUUCCUCAACUACUCUUCCUUCUCUCUCUUUGUCCGCCUACUUGCCUCACCCUCACCUAUCUCCAGCAUCACCGCCUGCAACGAAGCUUUACGCCGGGCCGGUGCCGCACCAGCGGCGAUGAGAAGCUUCGCCGCACCAGCGCCGUUGCUGCAAGUAAGGUUGAUUUUUUCGUCUCACGAAGUUGCUGUUCUGAUCUUCUUUAGAUCAAUGUUGUUUCGAUCUUCUUCUUCUUCUUCUUCAGAUUGA